UGGGGCAGCGGCAAUCCCGGCGGAGGGGGAGCUGGAGCCGCCGCGGUGACGGUCGUCCUGAGCGGGACCCGGGACUGCUUCCUGCACUUGCCUGCCGUGCUGGCCUCUCACCUCCGCCUGCAGCAGGUAGGAGGUGAAGUGGUAAAUCCAUGCAGAAUCAUAAUUCCUGGUGUACAUAAAUCUUUCACUAUACGUUCCUGUAUAGAAAGGGACUGCUGCCACGCAAAGUCCUGCUAAGUACAUGGAUCAGUCGCAGCAGCGCACCUUAGGCCUUAAAUAACGCAUUACACAUGACAAGAAGAGCAGAACCUGCGUGUGGCCCUUGCGCCCUGGACACAAGAAUUAAGGAUCUGCUAGCAGAAUAGACAGCUCGGAGGAAAGAUGGCACGAAUGAGCGGGUGAAGAGGAGGAGAGGGGAGCGAAGCUCAGGAGCGGGGAUGGCGGCCGCGGUCCUGGCAAAGCCCCUCUCAGCCCGGCUGCCCUCACCCAGCCUGUACAACCUGCCAUGCUGCUUUCCCACGGCCAAAAAGGAUAUUUCACAAAAGCAAAGCCAUCUAGACUUGGCCAAGCUGUGAAAGUAUCCUGUGGUCAGCAGCCUAUAUUUUUGAGCUGGAUGGAAAUCAGGCAUCGAGGUCACCAAAGUGAAAAUAUUGCAGAGAUUAACAGACAGUUAGCAGAGAAACUUGGCAUUACAGAUGGAGAACAGGUAUUUCUUGAACCCUGUUCCCAUGUCUCCUCCUGUCAGCAAGUAGAAGUGGAACCGCUCUCAACAGAUGAUUGGGAAAUUCUGGAACUGCACGCUUCCUCUCUUGAAAAACAUCUUCUUGACCAGAUUCGAAUAGUAUUUCCAAAAGCCGUCUUUCCUGUAUGGGUUGAACAGCACACUCAUGUUUACAUCAAAAUCGGUACACUUAUGCCAGAAGCCCCCUAUGGGAGACUAGAGCCGUCCACGGAGCUUCUGAUACUUCCCAAAACACGCGAACUUGAGGAAAAUAUCACCAGCACGCCUUCCACAGAAAGUGACAUCUUGCUCAAAAGUUUUGUGAAAAAUAACAUAGAGCAAGAAGAAACAAUGAAGGACCCUUUUGCCAAACAACCUUACUUAAAGCCAGGAGUCCUUGAGCAGAGCAAGGCUGAUGCAAACAUGACGUUUGGCUCAAAUGUUCUCCCAAAUAUAUGGAAUUUCAUAGGGAACAUUUUCUCUCAUACAUCUGAGCAGAAACAAAAGACUUUGUGUGAUAAAGAUGAAACGAGCACCUUCAAAGACAAGCUGCUGAACUUAAUUCACAUGGACUCAAUUUUCAGAGUGUGUCAGUCCCAGCCUCCCAGCGUACAGAAUGCAUCCGCCACUCGUGCGUUUCUGCAGUGCAAUGCUGUUCAUGUUUUCCCGUGGAAUUUAGAAUUUAUUGAUUUGGAUCCAAAUCCUGUAGUAUCUUAUGGGAAAAUUAAUGAGCUGCUUUCCCCAAGACAGCGUCAUCAAGAAGCAAAGCAAAAUCUGUCAUUUGAAAAGCAAAAGCAUUUGAGUAGUACACAAGACAAAAAUCAUGGUAAUAGCAGUCAAGCAUCCAGUGAGGGAUCUGUUGUUCAAAUUGUUUGGAACGGAUUUGAAGACCUAAAGAGUCUCAUAGAGUAUGGCCACAGUGGGGAAGCCCUGCAUGUUGGAAGAGUUUGGAUUCCAGAUGGUCUGAGAAAAAAACUACAUAUCGAAAUACAUUCGACAGUCCGAAUUAAGUCAGUUGAAUCUGUUCCUAAAAUUCCUGUAUCUCUUAGACUGCAACCCAAACAGAACUUACAUAAAGAUAUACAUGAAGAUGAUGUUAUAUCUGCUUUCAGUUCUUGGCUGCAGGAUUCUGCUACUGACGAUCUCCCAUGGGUAAUGACAAGCACAGACUGUAUACAUCUGUCUGUUAAAGAAGGAAUGGAGGAGUUUUUCCUUAGUGUAGUGCAUCCUAUGCACAUUGAAGAAAAUAAGUCUGAGAAUAUUUUUAUACUGAGUCCCAGUUUGCUGCAAAAGACUAAUAUACAAGUUCUUUUACAGCCUCUAACUAGAAAAGCUGAUGGUGACAGCCAGCCACCUAUGUGUGAUACAGACAGGAACCUUCCUUACCACAAACUAAAUGAUUUAGGAGGAGUGGACAAAUUAGGAACAUCUUCCUUUGAACACAUAAGCCACAGUCUUCUGGGGCGUCCUUUAUCUCAAAAGCUGGCUACUAUUGCUGUGGGACUGCGAAGUGGAGGGGUGCUUCUCACAGGAGGAAAGGGAAGUGGAAAGUCAACAUUAGCAAAGGCCAUCUGCAAAGAAGGAUUCGAUAGACUGGAUGCUCAUGUAGAAGUAAUUGAUUGUAAAGCUUUAAGAGGAAAAAGAUUAGUAAACAUAAGGAAAAAUGUGGAAGAAGCUUUUUUAGAGGCAGCAUGGAGACAACCAUCCAUUCUUUUGAUGGACGAUCUUGAUCACAUUGUUGGAGUACCUUCUACACCAGAACAUGAGAACAGCCCUGAAACCGUUCAAAGCGAUAGACUUGUUUAUGUUUUGAAAGAUCUGAUAAAAGAAGUUAUUUCCAUGGGGAGUUUGAUUGCAUUAAUUGCCACAAGUCAGUCUGAACAUUCCCUACAUCCUUCCCUGGUUUCAGCUCAAGGAACUCACAUAUUUCAGUGCUUCAAAUGUAUCCGAUCUCCAGAUCAGAAGCAAAGAUGUGAAAUGCUGUAUUCCAUAAUAAAAAUGAAACUGAAUUCUGAUAUAAAGAAGUUCUCUGAUCUUGACCUCCAAUAUAUUGCAAAGGAAACGGAAGGUUUUGUUGCCAGAGAUUUUACUAUGCUGGUUGAUCGUGCCAUUCAUGCCUGUGUUUCCAACCAGAAUGCAUUUCAAAAUAGCGCAGAGUUGGAUCUGUCAACCAUGGAUUUUCAGAGAGCUCUAAAAGAUUUUACUCCAUUAGCUCUGAGAAGUGUCAGCCUUCAUAAACCUAAGGAUAUCGGCUGGGACAGGAUUGGUGGCCUAAAAGAUGUGAAGCAAAUACUCAUGGACACCAUCAUGUUACCUGCAAAGUAUCCAGAAUUAUUUGCAAACCUGCCCAUACGACAGAGAUCAGGAAUCUUGCUGUAUGGAGCACCUGGAACAGGAAAAACACUGUUAGCUGGAGUAGUUGCUCGAGAGAGUGGAAUGAAUUUCAUCAGCAUCAAGGGACCAGAGCUGCUCAGCAAAUACAUUGGAGCAAGUGAGCAAGCAGUUCGGGAUAUCUUUAACAGAGCUCAGGCAGCUAAGCCUUGUAUUGUUUUCUUCGAUGAGUUUGAUUCUAUUGCUCCUCGCCGAGGUCAUGAUAACACAGGAGUCACCGACCGAGUGGUUAACCAACUGUUGACUCAGUUAGAUGGUGUGGAAGGAUUACAAGGGGUUUAUGUGCUAGCUGCUACUAGUCGCCCAGAUUUGAUUGACCCUGCUUUGUUAAGGCCAGGUCGACUGGAUAAGUGCCUGUACUGUCCACCUCCUGAUCAGAAUUCACGCUAUGAAAUCUUAAAAGCUCUCAGUCAUUCUCUGUCCUUGGCAAACGAUGUGGACUUUCAGGAUUUGGCAGCAAAAACAGAACAGUUCACAGGGGCUGACCUAAAAGCUUUAUUGUACAAUGCCCAGUUAGAGGCAAUCCAUACUAAUUUAGCUUCAGGUUUAACACAGGAUUUUGGUUCUAGUUCUGAUAGUGACUUCAGUCUCUCUUCCAUGGUUUUUCUAAACCACAGCAGUGGCUCAGAUGAUUCAGCAACAGAUGGAGAAGCCGGGCUAGAGCAAUCUCUUAUUUCUUUAGACAUGUCUGACUUGCUCCCUGAAGAUCCAAGGUCCAACAUGUAUCGUCUUUAUUUUGGAAGCUCUUAUGAAUCAGAGCUGGGAAAUGGAACUCCUUCAGAACUGACUGUAUCUUGUGGUCCACGGUGGGGAAGAAGAUGGAAGGAUGUGAUCUCACAAAAUACAAGCUCUUUGUGUUUGUCUGGACCAAACUCCAUAACUCAUGAUUUUACCAGCGUGACUCAGAGAGACACAGCAUCAUCACAACCUUCAAUGCUUAGAGCAGCUUCUCAAGAAGACUCCCUGGAAAAUAACCAGGAGCAGCAAGUGGAGCACCUGAGGACAGAAAUCAAUGCCAUCAAAGCCAAUUACAGAAGCAAGAAUGGAGAGGACAGCACCCUUAAUCAGUCAGUGCUUGCCAAGAACACUUUAAUUAUUACCCAGUCCCAUCUGAUGACUGCACUUGAGGGUAUAAGACCAUCCAUCAGCCAAGAUGACUGGAAGAAUUUUGCUGAACUGUAUGAUACUUUUCAGAAUCCCAAGAAGAGGAAAGGACAAGUUGGCUCAACAUUCAGACCAGGACAAAAAAUUACUCUAGCUUAGUAACUUGUAUUUGCUUGUAAUUGUUAAUCUGUAACUGGAAAUGACAAAUAUGAUUUAAUCAGAUUAUUUAUAUUCAUAUGGAUUUAUUAAUGCAGCAGUUGAAGAUAAGUUUCUCUUAAAUUUACAUGCUGUAAAAUUAUGUCACAUUUUAUUUUGAAGAAAACUGUCUUCCUGCAGAUUGAUAUUAAAUUUUUGAGAGAACAUUGGUUACAUUCUGUCCAGUUGUUUAUCACAUAAAGUUUUAAAUUUUGCUUUUUAUCAAUAUAGUUGCCAAAACUUAACAAUGAUUUCCUAUCCCUGUUUCUUUCUUCACAACAAAUAGAUUCUGUUCAAAUAAACAGGCAUACCUAAUGCUGGAAAUGUUUUUUUAAAAAUUCUAUAAAGCCAUUCUCUGAUGGCCUUUGGAGAGGUGUUAGGGAAGGGUGGUACUAAAUCUAAUACUUCUAGAAUAGCUAUAUAAAAAAAAAAAAAUUAAGACAAACCAGGAUAAUUGUAUCUUGUUUUCUGCCACUGCUUAUUACUCCCGAGAAUAGCAAGUUGCAUUUCACCACAACUGUAUCUUCUUAUCCCCAUCUUUUCUUCUCGGAGACUGUUCAAAAACAUCUCUGAUGUUUGGAAGCUUUCUGAUGUUACAUCCUGAAAUUAUUCACAACUACUGUCUUAGGUGAAGAUUGUUAAAGAGUUGUCUUCCUCGGCUGGUACAUAGAUAAGCAGGUCUUGACAGAAGGUGAAAGAAGGAAGGGGCAGGAGAGGAAGAAAACUAGAGAUGUUUCCCAUGAGUCUACACCACCCUUUCACAACAUUUUGCCAACAGUGUGGGGGGGGUUGCUUGGUUGUUUUUUCACUAGUCUUCCUUCCCUACUAUUUCCCUUCCUGAGGUAAUUAGAAUUUUUUUUUUUAAUAUGGUCUUUCAUAGCCGUUAUGUGCCUUUUCACACCAGUAUUGCUUUGGGCCUUUGGGCAUUAUUACCCUUUCUGUGAUCAGAUAGCAUGUCCAGGCUUCCUCUGAUCACUUCUUCAGGUACGAGUACUAGCAGCCUUCCUACAUGUUUGUUUAUAUGGUCCCACUACAUGUUCCAAUUUGUUACUUCAUUCAUUGAAAUGUAUCAUGCUAUGUCAGUAAUUAGAAGAAUAUUAACCGUAUGAUUAUAUUGUUAACUGCUGUCUGUUUGUAGUUCCUACUCCCGGUGCUGGCAAAUAACCCAAAGAAUGUAUAAUUUGUAUGUUUAUUCUUGCAGCCUGGUACAGGUGAAGCCUGUAUACACUACAAGCCUUGCUAGACUACAAGUCUUUGCUCGUAGUAGUUAAUACCCUGGAUUUUCUCAUUUCUGCUGAGCUAUUGCUUUUUACUCAUGCUUAACUCUUGCUUCAGUAGCUUUUGAAACUGAAAAUCCCUGUUGCAUUACUGUAAAGGUCUACUGUUAUCAAUACCACUAUGACAUUAACGUUACACUUAUUUUUUGAAAGUGUAUUUACGUGUGUUUAGCAUCAGAGCCAUGUCCUAGAUGACCUCUGGCCUUGAGUUCAUAUUUCUUACAUAAUAGUGGCAUUUGUUUCCUUGUUCACCUUGUUUUAAAGGGCUGUAGAGGUGAAUAUGAAUAGGGGUGGAAUAGAUAAGCAAUUUGCUGCAAAGGAGCAAGUCAUUCCCUGUCACAUGCUCCAUGUAACUCACAUUUACACUGGUAAAUAUAAAGCACUUUGAAGUAACUUAGCUUUUACUGGAAGAGGAGCAAAAACCAUCGAUAUUGUUAUUGAAGUGCUGCAGUGGCCGACAAGCCAUAACUCUGUUUAUGUGUCAAAACUCAAAAUUUUAUAUUUCUCUUUUUUUUUAAUUUCCUUUUCCAGGUCCAGUAGUUCAUUUUUGGCAUUUCUGGCCUUCAGGAUGUAAUUUAUUUGUUUAUGAGUUUCUUGUAAUCUUUUUUCUAAUGAUUAUUCAUCCAGUGCCGUUCUGAGCUCAUCCAAAAUAUUUUUUUCUCUUCCAUGAGCUUCAAAUUCCAAACAGUUUUCAUCUCUAACCUAAGGAAAUGUUAUAUUAUCUUCUAUUCAAAUACUGGCAUUUGAAACUUCAGCCCAGUUAACUUCAUUGAUUAGUUCCUGUAGUUUCUCCGGUAGCUCUAGGAGCUUUUCACUUACUCUUCUACCUACCGACUUACGAUUAUUCAGUCAAAGGUUCUGUUGUACAACUAGCACUGCUAUAAGAAGAUGGUCUUCUAGCUUUUUCCUUGCCAUAACUGUUUGAAGUACAUAUUGCAGUUUAUUACAGCUUUUCUGUUUCAUAAAGAAAUUUUCAACUAUUACAAAAAUAUCCAGAUUAGCCCAAAUUAGUAGUAGCAUGUCUUCUUUAGCUUAUGUCUAGAUAAUGGAUCUACCAGAUUCAUUAAAAAGGGAAAUGAUUUAACCUUCCUAUUAACGAUAAUCUCAAAUGAUGGACUGAUUCUUAAAUCUGAAAGGACCAGUCAGAGGACUAUCAUGAUUAUAAUAAAGACAGUACAGUAAUCUGUAGAAUUACCUUCACAUUUGGAAUCAUUUAUUUAGAAUACUAUAUUUCAAUGCCGAGUACUAUAUUGUAAAGUUAAAAAGGAAAGCAUGUUUGCAUUAGGCUGUAUGUCGAGGUCCUAUCAGUCCUCAACCAAAAUGAGGUACUACACUGCCAUGGAAAACAUUCUUAAAACCCAGGAAGCCUACGUUCCAAAUCUGCUUUCCAAAUCUGUGCUCUUCCUUUCUACAUGUAAGGGAUUUCACCAGUGUGCUGAACUAACUGCUGUGUGCGCGUGUAUGUACACGUACACACGCACAACCCUAUAUGGAUAACCUUGACUAUUGCCGUGGGUAGUAUCAUUUGAUCCAAGAAAGUAGGUCACUAUUAAUAACUAGUUGCUGUUAGGUGAUCUUCGGUUAUAUUAACAUCUCAACAGAUAGCAAAGUAUCUAAAUGAAGCCUAGAAGAUCUGUUAUCCAGGCACAUAAGUCCAGUGUACAGGGAGCAUAAAGCCUGUAGCUAAUGGGAGGAUAAUCCCUUCUAUACAAGCGUUGUGCAAGAAACGUCAGCUAGCCUGCAGAGGCUCUUUCACGAGGCCUGGCUUUAAGAAGUAUGCCAAGAGUGAAAAGGGACCAGUAACAAAGUUUUCCAGUCUCCUCCAUCGAGUCAAGAACUAAGUAAACUCUGUGUGAGCCAGAAACCCAAACCCAUACAAAUUCUGUGCCUCCCUAUCAGCUCAUCUGCCAUCCCUGCCUCCCUUCAGUGAUGCCGAUGUCAGGUUUUCUGGGUACGUAUCACAGGCUGUGUAAAAGGUUGAUAACCUGGGGUAGCUGUUUCCUUUCACUCCUGUUGUCACCAACAUUGUCAGCUGUCACUGACCUUUUCUCAAUUGCCAACCAGUCUUUCCUCGUAGUCGAGGGACUUCUGAAGAAACAAGUGUUAAAUAUAGAUGUAAACACUUACCUUGUUUCUAACAAGCAAGGGAUUAUUGCACUUUGCUAAAGGGAACUCCGUUUCCACUGCUGUCCCAUAAUUUUCCUUUAAAAUAAUGUUUAGGCAGCUUUUACUCUAAGAGCGAUUUAUGUGCAAAGCUGUCUUCUUACAGCUAUGACGCUGAUAAAUUUUCAAAUACUGCCUUGGAAAAAUGUACCUGUUUUGAAGUGAUACACAAUUCUGGAUUGAGUCUGCUGGUGACUGGAAAAAGUUUCUGAAAAAAAAAAUGAGAUGAUGGUUAAUUCUGCUAAAUGCUGGUUUAUUCAGUGCAGUCAACUCUACUGAAAGGCUCAUAUGUCUGAAUGUUGAGGGAAUUUGGUAAUUCCUAAUAAUCAAAAUCUGCCUGAUUUGCUUUUCCAAGAACUGGGGACAUUGAAUACCAGGCAGCGUGUUAGGUCCUUUUACUGUUAACACUAUUCUGCCGUAAAUCACUGUUGUUUGUUUGGGAAACAGAUUUUCUGUUGUACAGUAGAAAUGUCACAAGGUAUUUAUAGUAUAGCUUCUGCUUCUUAAGGAAUCAAACUUUGUUCCAUUUCCAAAGAGAAAAAAUGCAAAGGAUUUCCUAACCCAUUAGGAAUGAAAUUAAAAGAUAAGCAAUGUCUGCUGAGGCUUAGAUGACAUUAGCCUUAUGUUUCGUAACAGAUGUCACCAGCUAGAACUCUGCUUGACAAGAUACAGCCUGGUUAAAACACAUAAAUUUUAUGAUUUACAUUAGGUUUGAAAAGUACUUUGGCUUUUAGUUCACCCAAACAAGUCUAAAUUUUGUGUGGACCAAUCUACAUUUAAUGGCAUACAGGGAGUUUCUCCCUCCUCCUCUUCUGGCAUCGAGGAAGCAAAGUAAAUUUUUCCAGCCCAAAAGCAAACAAGUCUUUUAAAAUACUGUUUCAAAAUAAAAACAUUGUAUGAAUUUAUUUUUUUCCACAAGAUAUUUCACUCAA